AUUGUUUGGAUUUGUCACAGGCUGUCACCUCCCGAAGCCAUAGGGCAAGAGGGAGACCCGGUCAGUGAGAGAAAGCGAGCAGCAGCCAUUCGUCACUGAGCAUAGACGGCAUCCCGGGAGGCAAGACCCAUCCGCAGGAGAAUCCAGGAAGCAGCGGUGCUGUCUCUAGCCAGGCAAUGGAAAGCCACAGGGCAGGGAAGCCCCGUAAGAAAUCAGCCGUCCCCGGGGUGACCAUCCAGCAGUUCAUUGACGUUGUUCCGAAAGGCUGUAGCACGCCUGACUUUGUACGGAAGCCUGUCACCAUCACCCUCCAGGAAGGUAAAAAUGCCACGUUCAGGGCUGUGGUGACGGGGGAGCCGGCCCCCGCAGUGAUAUGGAAGUGCAGCAAAGGAGAGCUGCGUGAUCCCGACAAAUACCAGACGUCCUUUCAUGCUGCAACAAACGAGCAUGUCCUCCAGAUCAACACGCUCACGGCGGGCGAUACCGGCUUGUACCACUGCUCCGCUGCCAACCAGUAUGGCGAAGCUGCGUGCACGGCCGGCCUCAAGGUCAUCCAAGCGAGUUUCAAGAGAAAAGCCAGACCCCUCCCCGCCGAGCCGCCGGAGGACCUGAAGAAAGAGCUGCAGGACUUCAGGAAGAUGCUAAGGAAGCGGACGCCGCUGCAGAAGAAGGAAGUCGACAUGGACCAGGUCUGGCAGCUGCUGCUAAACGCCGACAGGAAGGACUACGAGAACAUCUGCUUGAAACACGGGAUCGUUGACUUCCGCGGGAUGCUGAGGAAGCUCCAGCAGAUGAAGAAGGACCGAGAGGACAAGCAACAGCAGUAUAUCUACAGCGUCACAAACCUGAAACACAUCAAGGCCAAUAGGGAGGGGAGUGCUACGUUCCAUCUGGAGAUAGACCUGAAAAAUCCCAGGAGCAGAAUUUAUCUGUACAAGGACGGCCAGAUGAUCAAUUAUGGCGUCAACGAGGACACAGCAAAGCACUGCCUGCGGCAGGCAGGGAACAAGUACAGCUUCACCGUCGCCCAGCUGCAGCCGGGAGAUGCCGGCGUGUACCAGAUCAAGGUGGAAGACGUGGAUGUCUUCUCCACGGAGCUCGACGCUGACUGUAGGGACCUGAGCCCCCUGCCCUGCCGUUUCCGACACCCACUCCGUGGGGCACGCUGCCGUGAGCAAGGGAACGCCGCCUUCGAGUGCAGCCUCCACACCCCCUGCUCCCGCGCCGUGUGGCUCUAUAGACAACGCCCCAUUGAGGGGAGUGACAAGUACGAAAUCUCCAUCUCCCCGGACGGCCUGGCCCACCGGCUAGCGAUCAGAAACGUGCAGCUCGCCGACGAAGGGCCUUACACCCUCGACAUCGGCAUCUGCUCCUCUAGCGCUUGGCUCGAGGUGGAACCAGCCGGAGGAAAGAGGACACAGGAUGAAGGGGCUGGAACUGAUCAAACUGCAUGGCAGGCAGAUGAAGCGGGUGCUAAGAAACUUGGCCAGAGAGAACAUCACUUUAAAAGCACCGGAACGGGCAAAGAUGGCCAGUCUGGCAGUAGCCGAGAUGGCAGCAGAGAACUUGAUGGCUCCUCGGUGGAUGCUGAUUGGGGAUUUGGUUCUCUGGGAAAAGCUGGGCUAACUGGGCAGGUGGGGGAGGGUGGAAGGAGGGGGAAAGAUCCAUUUUCUGCAGCAGGGACAGGUGGAGAUUCGGUGGCAGAUGGGAAUAAAUUUGGGGGCUUGGCUAGUGAGGAAGGUGGACUUGGGAGAAAGAUUUAUGGGCAGAGUUUGAAGCUAGAUGGAGCUGGCAGGGCUGGGGCAGUGGUAGAAGGCGACCAGCAUGGCAAGGAUUCGAUGGUGGGCGCGGCUGCAUCUGGCGGUGGACUAGAAGGACGAGGGGGGCUGCGCUCAUUAGAUGGUAGAGGUUCCACUCUUGGUGGUCCUGGGCUAGGAGGCCCGGGAGAUGGGGGCUCUCUCCCUGGCAUGGAAGGUGGUGCUGGAUCUGGAGGAGCAGGGGGCACAGCAUCCCUCCAUGACAAGGAUGGUCCGCCUGGGAGAGCUGGUGGCUCUGGUUCUAGUCUAGGUGAUAAAGGGGAUGUAGGUUCCCUCUAUGGGAACGAUGCUCUGCGAGGUGGAGCCGGGGCUGGCAUUGAACGAGAUGGUGCCGGAGGCAGCGGUGCACUUGGGAGCAGCGGUGCUAACCUCUGGGCAGCUGAUGGGGUUGGUGCUGGCUCGGGGGGUGCAGGGGGCACAUGCUCCCCCUGGGGUAAGGACAGCAUAAGGGCAGCUGGUGGUUCUGGUCCUGGUCUGGGUGGUGCAGGGGGCAAGUCAGGAAUGGCAGGAGAAGCGGGUGCUGGUCUCUCAGAUCUUGCUGGUCUUCAUGGUGCAGGGGGCAAGUCUGGUGUGGUAGGAGGAGCUGGUGGUUCUGGUACAGUUGGAGGCGAUGUGGGGGGCAUGGACUCUCUCUCUGGUAAGGAUAACAAGCGAGGGGGACCUGGUGGUUCUGGUCUUGGUCAAGGUGAUACAUGGGGCAAGUCGGGAAUGGCAGGAGGAGCGGGUGCUGGUCUCUCAGAUGUCCCUGGGCUGGGUGGUGCAGGGGACAAGCCGGGAACGGCAGGAGGAGCGGAUGCUGGUCUCUCGGAUCUCCCUGGGCUGGGCGGUGCAGGGGGCAAGUCGGGAAUGGCAGGAGGAGCGGAUGCUGGUCUCUCGGAUGUCCCUGGGCUUGGUGGUGCAGGGGACAAGUCGGGAAUGGCAGGAGGAGCGGGUGCUGGUCUCUCAGAUGUCCCUGGGCUGGGUGGUGCAGGGGGCAAGUCGGGAACGGCAGGAGGAGCAGGUGCUGGUCUCUCGGAUCUCCCUGGACUGGGUGGUGCAGGGGGCAAGUCGGGAACGGCAGGAGGAGCGGGGGCUGGUCUCUCAGAUCUCCCUGGACUGGGUGGUGCAGGGGGCAAGUCGGGAACGGCAGGAGGAGCGGGGGCUGGUCUCUCAGAUCUCCCUGGACUGGGUGGUGCAGGGGGCAAGUCGGGAACGGCAGGAGGAGCGGGGGCUGGUCUCUCAGAUCUCCCUGGACUGGGUGGUGCAGGGGGCAAGUCGGGAACGGCAGGAGGAGCGGGGGCUGGUCUCUCAGAUCUCCCUGGACUGGGUGGUGCAGGGGGCAAGUCGGGAACGGCAGGAGGAGCGGGGGCUGGUCUCUCAGAUCUCCCUGGACUGGGUGGUGCAGGGGGCAAGUCGGGAACGGCAGGAGGAGCGGGGGCUGGUGGCCAUGGCCUUGGUGGAGCUGGGGCUGGAUUGGCAGGUGCAGGGGGCAUGGGCUCCCUCCCGGGCAGAGCUGGUGCUAGAGGUGGCCAAGAUGGCACUGGGGGGGGAGAUGCUGCACUAGGAGGCGCUGACACGGGCCGUGCUGGGGGUGGUGCUGGCUUGGGUGGGGCAUGUUCUCACUGCAGCAAAGAGGGUACGCGAGGUGAGGCUGGCGGUGCUGCUGCAGGUGGCCGGGGUGCUCCGGCAGGCCAGGGUUCUGUGCUAAGUGCAGCCAGCGCUGGAUCAGCAGACGCCGGAGGCAGGGGGCUUCUCUCUGGUAAGCACAACGGGGCAAGUGGAGCAGAAUCUGGUCCAGGCGCUCGUCUCAGUGAUGCAGGGGGCAUGGAGCCUUUCUAUGGGAAGGGUGGUAGGUUUGGUGGCACCAGUGCAGCUGGGGCAGGUGGGCUGGAUGCCUCAGAGCUAGGUGGGGCAGGCUCUGGAAUGGGUGGUGAGUUCAUAGGAGCUUGGGACGUGGGUUCACUUGGUGGCGGAGAUUCUCUCCCAGGUGGAGCAGCUGUCCGUGGUUGUAAAGGUGAUUUAGGAGCCUUGGGGUCCCUUUAUGACAGGGAGCCUGCCCUGAGUGGAGCUGCUGUUGGUGCAGAAGGUAAAUUACACGGCAGCGCUAUUGAUGGGAGAACGCCUCGUGUCCAUGGUGGAGAGCCACUGAGUUACGAUCAGGUGUCAGGCCAGCCUGGUGGAGGCCAGGCUGACAGCAGGAGGGGGCAGAUGUCCAGCCACGAUGCCAGCCAUGAAGAAAACUUGCCAACUAGAAGCCAGAAAAGAAAAGGACGUUUCCUUCGAGACGAAGCAAGAGAGUCCCGUUGCCAUCUGGACAAAGGGUUGUCUGAGGUCAGUGCCCAGAAAGGGGAGCCUGCUCUGCCUCCUUCUAGCCUCGCUGACGAUCGGGCGGAGGGGAUCUGGCUUCGAGAUGAACGGAAGCCAACAGGCCCUGAGGAAGUGUCUUCAGAAAAAGAAGAUCUGGUCCACAAAUGGAGCACAGGGAAAGAUAGUCUUGCUGGAAAAUGCAAGUUUGAAGCUGAAGGAGAGAAAACGGAAGCCUCGAUUUUUGUGGAAGAUUCUCCCACCGUUGACAAGGCUCUUCUGGGAAAGUUGAUGAAGGAGCCCUUGGUAGUCAAGGCAGGGCAGAACGCCACCGUCAAAAUCCCAUUCGAGGGCCGGAAGCCGGUCAGCGCCGGAUGGUUAAAAGACGGGGCCGAGCUCCUGGCCGAUGCCAGGGUCCAUAUUGACAAGGGGGACAACUUCACCCGCCUGUUCAUCUCCAGCACCAGGAGGACGGACUGCGGGGACUACAGCGUGAAGCUGAAGAACGAGAGCGGGGCCCUGGAGGCCAGCGUGAGGCUGGAGGUGAUAGACAAGCCACAGAAACCCAGGGGCCCCAUAGAGGUGGUGGACAGUUCCACAACAGGCAUAACCAUCCGAUGGAAGCCCCCCAAGGACGAUGGGGGCAAACCAGUGCAGAACUACAUUAUAGAGAGGCAGCAGGUGGGCAGAAAAACCUGGGUGACGUUGGGCGAAACCAGCAGGAACAGCAGCACUUUCACUACCAACAAGGUGGAGCGAGACAAAAGCUAUUGCUUCAGGGUGCGUGCAGUGAACGCAGAGGGAACCAGCGAGGCGCUGGAGUCAGAUGAGGUGGCGGCUUCAGCCAAAGCUUUCCCUGGCCUCCCUGCUCCGCCUAUGAUUGUCAGUGCCAGCGAAGAGUCCAUCAAGCUCUCUUGGACAACACCUCCUAAAACUGGCAAUUCCAAAAUCCUGGGGUAUGUCGUUGAGAAACGCAAGAAAGGCAGCAGCAUCUGGACACCCAUCACUGACCUGCCAAUAGCAGGCAGGCAGUGGGUGGUGGCGGGGCUGCAGGCGGGCCUGCAGUAUGAAUUCCGCGUGGCUGCUGUCAAUGCCGCAGGGGCGGGCGAGGCCAGUGCGCCGUCGGAUGCCGUCUUUGCUCGAGAUCCCAUGAAGCCUCCCGGGAGAGUGCGGGACCUCAGGGUGACUAGCACUGAUGACACCAGCAUCACUCUGGCCUGGAUGAAGCCCGACUCAGAGGCAGGGGGGUCUGCCACGGGCUACCAGGUGGAGAAGCGAUCCUCUGACAGCCUCAAGUGGGCCCAGUGCACGGCUGCCCCCGUAGAAAGAACUAGCUAUACGAUUAGAGGCCUGCGGGCCAGAGAGACGUACUGCCUCCGUGUGAGGGCCGUCAACGAGGGAGGCCUAGGGGAAGCGGUAGCUCUGGACACUUGCAUCCGAACCGGGCCUCCCGCUGUUAGUCCCAAGUUCUUGAGAGACGACACCAUGAAAAACUUCAUGAUCGUGAAAGUGGGAGGUUGCAUCCGAGUGCAUGCUCCCUUUGAAGCCUCCCCCACCCCAGAGGUGAUCUGGCUGAAGGACCGGCUCCCUCUCCCCAGCAGGGCCGUGGUGAGCACCAGAGAUGGCCUCAGCCAACUCCUGAUCCCAUCCGCUGGGUUUUCGGACAGCGGGCUCUAUACUAUCGUGCUUCAAAACGACCAGGGGAAAAAGGAAUCUUUCUGCUUCCAAGUCCAAGUGGCAGAUAUCCCACAGCCCCCCGGCCUUGUUCGUCUGCAAGAGAACGUCCUCAAUACGGUGACGGUGAUGUGGGACCCGUCGCCGACAGAGAAGUGGGAACAGAACCUGUACUACACGGUCCUGAAAAGUGACUCCAGCAAGGGCUCGUGGCAAGUGGUGCGAGACCUGAUCUACACCACCAAGUGUACCGUCACCAACCUUCUCCCCGGCCGGGCGUAUUACUUCAGGGUGGUGGCCAAAAAUGGCAUGGGCACCAGUGACCCAUCUGGAACGGCGCAGCCCUGGAUUGUCCGGAAGGAAAAGGAGGAGUUUCAAGUCCGGCUGCCCAAGUACAGGAGGGUGAAUCGAAAUAUGCCCCCGAGAUUCCUCGUCCGGCUGAAGCCCCACGUGGUGACCACGGCCGCCGACUGUUACAUGAGCUGCGCAGUCGGUGGCUACCCAAAGCCGAAGGUCACCUGGUACAAGGACGGCAGGAAUCUCUCCGGAGACCCCGCCUUCUUCAGCACCGAUGCCUGCGGUGUCUGCUGCCUGGUGAUCCCCGCCGUCACCAAGCGAGACGAAGGCGAGUACGAGGCGGAGGCCAGCAAUGCCGUGGGCCGCGUGGCCAGCAAAGCCAGGCUCCUCGUCAAAGGUCCCUCCGGAGAAGGACAGAUCCCUGGGAACCUGCGGACGGUUGUGGGUGGCCGCGUGGGCACCAGGUGAGCUUCCGCACCGGGCCCCGACCCAGCCUGCGAUCCCACUGGGGCUGAGCGCUUGCAGCUCCGUGGGCAUCUCGGUGAGAGCUGGGGAUGUCACAGACUCUGGUUUCCAACCGGAGCCUGCCCGG